AGCUUUGAAACCUAAAAUGAAGAGCCAUUACAGGGGUCACAAGAUGGCCAUCUGGUUGAACCUGAUACCUCAGCUCCACCAGCCUGGGGACCAAGAUGUCAGCAUGCGUCACCACCACUUCCACGAGAGGGCCAGUCACUACUACGCAGGUGCAGUUAGACCAGAAUCGUUCACUCGAGCUCCUCCAACAACGGGAGUUCCGGAAGGAGGUUCGGAGCCUCUGGAAUGCCCGCCCAACUCGACCAGCGACGAACCUCUAGGUCUCUCUGGGGUAGAAGAGGCCCAAGAACUUGAACGAAACUAUUACUCGACUUCGACGGCUUUCGGUAUCACGCUGGGCCUCGGCUGCCUUCUUCUACUCCUCAAUGCUCUCAUAUUCUCAGCCAUCUACAUCCAAAGGCGGAGGAAGAAGCGGCCUGAACCUGAAGCUGUCGAAAUGAAAGAGAGGAAACCUCCUCCGCCCACUCCACCAUUGCGUACUUCCAGCGUACCGGUGACUCCAGCGACUGUGAAGAAGAGGGUGCAAAUUCAGGAGAUAUCUGUGUGACCAUCCGAAAAUAUUCAACAUUUAUUAAACAGCUGCAUUACUGGCAAAAUUCACACUAUUUCGAAAAUCCGAUUGUAUUUUUAUAUGUCACUUCAAUAAUAAUAAUGAUCAUUUUAAAUUGUCCAUAAAUAAAUUUAUCUUAUUCUUUCUUGGUACUAUAACUCUUGCAGAGUCAGAGCCUCGUGCAAUUUGAUUCACCUGUCAUCUCUGUUAGUUACGAUUGCCCUCCAGUUAAGAAGAGCCAGGAUGGAUAUCGCAUCACCUGACACAUCUUACAUCCAUACUAAUUAGGGUCUCCCCACUCUUCUGGUGGCAUAGAUCUUUUCAUCCAGUAUCUUUCGAGGUAUCUGGUCUGAUGACAUGCUUGUAAUAUUCCACUGGAGGUGACCAACAUUGACAACUAUAAUAAUAUCAGGAUUCUUAUACAGUCCCCCUAAUUCUAGGUUUGCGCAUCCUGCACACACUACUGCUAUUUAAAGGACCAAAUAUUUUUUGCAAGUUAGUCGUUUAAACUAAAAGAGAAGGGAUUUUGUUUUUGUUUUUUUUGUUAGCGACCAAUAUUCUGAGCUCAACGCUAUUGGUUUGAUAAAAAAAACUCUUGAGACAUAGUUGACACUUACUGAUAGAUUUGUUAAUUUUUUUUAAGAAAUUUAUUUUUUCUAAAGUAUUUAUUUUCAUAUUUUGACUGUACAUAUAUUUUAAAGGUAUGCUUGAUAUCUGUUGACUAUAGCGUUGCCAGUUGUCCUAUAAUAAAGUUUAUAUUAUAACUUGUCCUAUGUCCGCUGGUUAAUAAGAGUCCUAUUUUCGUUAAAAGAUCAUUUCAUAUUUCAAUUUACUUUAAUAUAAAUUUCUUAUUAGGCGGUUUCUAUAGUUUAGUUCUUGGUAGAAUUUCCUUCCCUAUCAUUUGUAAAAGGCGUCUUUUCAAUCAUUAAAAAAGAUGUGCUGAUAAGAGGAAUAUAUAUGUUUUCUAGAUCAAAUUAUCAUAAAACAAAAUAAUUACGAAUUCAAACUCAAAAACAAUUAUGUCAUUUUUUUCAUAAUCGAUAUAAAAAGUGAUAUACCCUUGCUAAAAUAGGCCUAAAGAACCAAAAUUUGGAAACUACAAUUAACAAAAAUUAAUCCCUCAAUACAACA